AUGCAGUCGUCCAUGACCCGGAGUGGCUUUGCCGCCGGCACCCGCCUGCCCCUGCCCCAGCGCGCCUCCCGCUCCGCUGCCCGUGCCGCGGUGAAGUUGCAGGCGCUUUUUGCCAAGACCAAGACCGUUAAGGACGCACCAGCUGGAGCCAAGGUGCUGGUUGCGGGUAAAGACAUCAAGGCCACACAGUUCCAGGCUGACCUGGGCUUUGCUAAGCCCACCAUCGCUCUUGGUUUUACCAAGUCCAAUGCCAUGCUGGGGGUGGCGUCCGCCCUGAUUGGCGAGGUGCUGACGGGCAGCGGACCCUUGGCCCAGCUGGGAUACGAGUUCAAAGAGUCGAUUUUUGAUGUCGAGUUCGAGAUUCUGGCAGUGAUUGCUUUCAACUUGCUGGCUGCAUUCCUGCCCGCCAAGGGCAAGUUUGUGCCCGACGAGGCGGAGCUGGAGGAGCGCCCAAAGGGCCCGCUGCAGGACCCCCGCAUCUCCCUGCUGGAGCCCAAGCGUUUCCUGGGCGUAUCGAGCUUCGGUUUCUCCAAGGAGAACGAGCUCUUUGUGGGCCGCGUGGCACAGCUGGGCUUUGCUGCCGCCCUGAUUGGCGAGGCAAUCACCGGCCAGGGCAUCCUCGGCCAGAUCGGCAUCGAGACUGGCCUGCCUCUGAGCCAGACUGAGCCGCUGCUGCUGGGCUUCAUCGCCUUCACCCUGUUCGCAGCUGUGAACGAGGGAAGCGGCAAGUUUGUGGACGAGAAGUGA